CCAGUAUUACGUCCAUUAUGUCUCGAUUCUCCCUCCAAGGUCGAACCGCCCUCGUCACCGGCGGUGCCCGGGGCUGCGGUCUUGCCUUUGCGCGCGGUCUCGCCCAAGCAGGUGCCAACGUAGCCAUCUUCGACCGGAUACCUCCUGAGGAGGGGUUUCUAUCUAUCGAGAAGGAGUAUGGUGUGCGGACUGCAUAUUACGAAGUGGACGUAUCCUCCCCCGAGUCCCUCGCCACCGGCUUCGGCGCCUUCCAAACAGACUUCAACAAUGCACUAGACAUCUGCGUCCCUUGCGCAGGUAUUAACCGACACCAGACAUUCCUUGAAUUCAAUUACGCCGACCAUCAAGAGCUGCUGGGUGUGAAUGUGCUAGGCCUAUUCCAUACAGCCCAGCUGGCGGCACGGCAGAUGAUUGCCAAUGGCACAAAACACGGGAGUAUCGUGCUGGUGGCGAGUAUGGCGAGCCACGUGGCGGUACGGAGCCAGCUGUGCAGUGCGUAUUGUGGGAGUAAGGGGGCGGUGAGGGCAAUGUGUCCUGCUAUUGCGAAGGAGUUGGCUGAAUAUGGUAUCCGCGUGAAUUCGAUUUCACCGGGAUAUGUAAGGACGGAGAUGACUGCUGCUUUCCCCCAUUUGAUCGAAGAAUGGAAAUCAGCAGCGAUGAACGGCCGCAUCGCCGAGCCGGAGGAUAUCAUGGGAGCGUGUGUGUUUCUGGCGAGCGAUGCAAGUUCGUACAUGACGGGGCAGGAUGUGAUCGUGGAUGGGGGGGUGACUAAAAACAACCUCAUCCGCUACGGCACACCCGUGACUCUCCUCGACGACCGCCCGACAGCAACAUCAACCGGCAAAGCAGACGGUCUGCAGCCGAAGACCAUCGAGACGCUGAAACAACUGAGGCUAUCGGAUGAGCUGCUCCGCAAUGGGGCCAAGGUGUAUGAUAUUUGUUUCUGGGAAUCCACCCCCCAAUCCCCAACCCUCACCCGCACAUCCCGCCAAACGCACUACCCCGAGCACCUCGUCGGCGCCUCAGACCCCUACAUUCUCCUCGCACACCAGGGCAUGCUCGAGGACGUGCUUAUCAAAGAUAUAGAAGAGCGCGGGGGAAAUGUUCAGCGAAACAGCCCAUUCGUGUCUGUGUCUAAAACACAAGACGGGAGUGGAUUGCUAGAAGUGAUCUACAACGACAACACAACAAACACGAAAAAGAUUAUUCGUACGAAAUACCUCGUUGGAUGCGAUGGUGCGAGAUCCAAGGUUCGGGACUUUAUUCCUGGCGCGCAGUUGGAGGGGGAAAUGAGUAAUGCUUCUUGGGGGGUGUUGGAUGGAGUCAUCGACACCGACUUCCCCGACCUAUGGAGUAAGGUGGCUGUUCGCUCGCACACGGCGGGAUCAAUUCUCUGGAUUCCUAGGGAGCGCGGAAUGACGAGACUGUAUGUUGAACUUAGUUCCACGGACGGGGAGAGGGUCGAUAGGGCCAAGGCGACGCCAGAGUACGUCAUGGCUAGGGCGCGAGAGGCGAUGCAGCCUUUCCGGUUGGAGUGGAAGGAAAUUGAAUGGUUCGGCAACUACGUCGUCGGACAACGCGUCGCUCGCCGAUUCAGCGACCCCGAGAACCAGAUCUUCAUUGCCGGCGAUGCCGGCCACGUGCACUCCGCCCUCGCAGCCCAAGGCGCCAACACCAGCAUGCACGACAGCGUGAACCUAGCGUGGAAAUUGAACCUUGUAGCCCGAAACCUCGCCCCAGCAUCCCUACUAAACACCUACUCCGAUGAACGACGAAAGAUCGCCAACGACCUGAUUGCCUUUGAUGCAGGGCACGUCGCGGCGUUCGAGAAAGGCGAGGCGGCACUUGCUCGAAACUUCGAGGAGAAUAUCCGGUUUAUCUCAGGCGUCGGGGCUGAGUAUGACGCUGGUGUUCUUACGAAGUCAGCUGAUGGUAAAGUGAAAGGUGGAAUUCAGGCGGGCACAUUGACUCGUCCUGCGAAAGUGACGAGGUAUAUUGAUGCUAAUUUGGUGGAUCUGCAACUUGAUAUCCCGAUGAUGGGACAGUUCAGGGUGGUUUUGUUUGUGGGGGAUGUGGUUGGUGGGAAGGGGUUUUUGCAAGGGUUUUGUGGAGAGGAUGCGUUGGAGGGGGUGAAUGGGGUGGCAAGGGAGUCGUAUAAGAAGUGUCCUCGGGGGGUUAGUGAUGGGGAUAAGUAUUUCCCGUUGGAGAGGUAUACGACUGUCUCGGAGGUGGUGACGUACGGGUUAGUGACGAGGAGUCAUAAGAGAGAGUUUGAGCUGGGGGAUUUGCCCGAGUUGCUGCAGAAGAGUCGGUGGACGGUGUAUUUGGAUGAUGUGGAGGGUGGGAAGGGGUGUACUGGGAAGUGGAUGGGGGAGAUGGAGAGGGAUCAGGUCGGGGUGAUGGUUGUCAGGCCGGAUGGGUAUGUUGGGGCGAAGGGGGUGUGGGGAUGGAGUGAGGGAGAAGGAUCGAGAGCGGCGGAGUGGGUGGGGGAGUAUCUGGCUAUGGGGAAGUAG